UGUUACAACUGCGGUGUCACUAAGACUCCUUUGUGGCGUCGCACCCCUGAUAGGGCUCAUUCACUUUGCAAUGCAUGUGGAUUGUAUUAUAAGCAGUAUUCGACUCAUCGUCCACUUCAUAUCCGCCAUAAGCCUCAUUCAGUAUCCCGCACACCCCCUCCUCCUCAAGAUGACGAUGAACCCCACGUUCAGUGUGUCAAUUGUAUGCAAACGCAAACUCCUUUAUGGAGGAAAAAUGCCCAGGGUCAACCUGUGUGCAAUGCAUGUGGUCUUUACGCAAAACUCCAUCAAAAGGCUAGACCGGCUGCUAUGCGUAAAACCAAGAUCCAGCGUCGUCGCCGA